AUGGCUUCCUCAUAUUACCCAAUUACAACAGAAAAUUAUUUUGAUAAUACAAAAUCCCAAUCGAUUACUUCAUAUCCAGUCACAAAUACAACUAAUAAUAAAUAUCAUGAUGAUAGUGAUGAUGACUUAGAUGCACUACGAAAAGCUGCACUUAAAACAUUAAAUUCUAAUAAACGCAAAAAUACACACGAUAGUUCACCAAUUCAUCGAAAUUCUCGUUCAUCGUCACGAUCGUAUUCAUCAUCUCGGUCUAGUUAUAGCCGCUCAUCCAUCAGUAGAUCAUAUUCAUCAUCAUCAUUAUCUUCAAUUAGUUCAAAUUCAUUAAAUAAACAUGAUAAAGAUUAUCGUUUUGAAACAAAAGAAAAUGCAACUAAUGGUGAUAUUGAUGAACGUUUUCCACAAGAUAUUCUCAAUGAUGAUGAUGCAUUGAUUGUUAAUUGUCCGAUUCAAGAUGAUGAUUUACUAACACAAAAUGAACACCAACCAAUAGUAAAUCAUUUGAAACAAGAAAAAUCAAAGACGAUUUCUGAUUAUAAUCAUAAUAAAUUACCUUCAAAAAAACGAAAAGAUGAACAUAAAAAGUCUCCACCUACUGAACGUCCUGUUUCAAUAACAGUUAAAUUAAAUUCAGAUGAUUUCGAUCUUAGACAAUUAAUAAAAAAACGUCGUACUACCGAGUCCGUACCAAACAAUCAACGUAUUGUUCAAAUUCUACCAAAAGAUGGCCAUUUACACGUACAUAAAACCAUACAUGAUCGUUCUGAAUCACGACGAUCAGAUAAACAAAACUAUCAUAAACAUUGA